ACUCAGCAGAAAAAUGGCUAUUUUGCGACAGAGCAUUUUCCUAACAGUUCUUGGACUCGCUGCUUCCCAAGAACUGUUCUGUACAGCACCGUCAACCUUCUACAUUCCACUUGUUAAGUCGAACUGGUACGGAGCUAUCGAGUACUGCAACCGGAUCGGAAUGCGCUUGGCCGUAGUCGACUCCCAGAGGAAGCAAACCGAGAUCACCCAGCUGGCCUUCGGGUCCCAUCUAUUCGAGUCUGACACCGAAGUGACGAGAGCCGAUUUGUGGAUCGGUUUGAACGAUUUGGCUCUGGAGGGCCGGUUCAUCUGGCAUGCCCUCGGGUUGGGACCCGUGUUUACGCAAUGGAAGAAAGAUGAACCGAAUAAUUUGAACCAAUCGGAGCACUGUACUCACAUGUGGUGGCAACCGACGAACAAUUUAUUUUGGGACUGGAAUGACGACGGUUGCAGUCGUGAAUUUAACUUUGUGUGUGAAAAUUUAAAACUAGCGUGAUUGGAAAUGUGAAUUUAGAUUUAUUUUUAGUGUUAUUAUAGCCAAUCAAUAGCAAUCGUUUAGAAAGCAUUAUCGUUCGUAAACAGUGCUAUUAUAGUUAUCACUUAUAUAAAAAUGAAUGUUUGUUUGUUAGUGUCGUUAAAGCUCGAGAACGGC